GUAAAAAAAAAGUCAAAAAAGUAACAAUCCAAAACACACCCUAAAAAAACAUUUUUAAAUAUAGCCCUCUCCGUCUUUCACCACAGCUCCGUUUUUCUCCCACCGGCGACCCUCUUCCGAUCUCGCUCCAGACCACCGCUGCCGGCGCCGUCUGCUACUUCCAUUUCCGAUCUGAGUAAUCUGAACCAGAUACAAAAAUAUUGGUUAGUUGGUAUUUGAAGGUUCUAGAAAUCUCAAACACCCUCGAAAUUUUGAAUAAGAAAACCCUCGUCUGGAUCUGGAUCUUCAUUUCAAUUUCAAAGUUGGUGAGAAAAAUCAAAUCCAAUGGAGAAUAGGGUUCAAGAGAUCAUAGAGCAGCAAGUGCUGAGUGUUGCGAAAGCUGUAGAGGAUAAGAUCGAUGAUGAAAUCGCGGCUUUGGAGAAGUUGGAUUUAGACGAUAUUGAAGUCCUAAGAGAGCGCCGAUUGCAACAGAUGAAGAAGAUGGCGGAGAAGCGGAGCCGUUGGAUUUCCCUUGGCCAUGGAGAUUAUUCUGAGAUAUUCUCCGAGAAGGACUUUUUCACCAUUGUUAAGGCAAGCGAUCGCGUUGUUUGCCAUUUCUAUCGUGAAAAUUGGCCUUGCAAGGUAGUGGACAAACACUUGGGGAUAUUGGCAAAACAGCAUAUAGAGACCCGAUUCAUCAAGAUUCAAGCAGAGAAAAGCCCAUUCUUGGCUGAGAAGCUCAAGAUUGUUGUUCUUCCAACAAUUGCUCUUAUAAAGAAUGCCAAAGUUGAAGAUUAUGUGGUGGGGUUUGAUGAGCUUGGUGGGAGUGAUGAUUUUAGCACUGAAGAACUGGAGGAGAGGUUGGGGAAAGGUGAAGUUAUAUUUUUUGAAGGAGAAUCAUCUUUGAAACCAUCAAAAAAGCCUCAAACAAGAAAUGUUCGACAUGGCUCCAACUCUCAUCUUUCGGAUUCUGAUUAAACCUUUUCUGGUUCUAAACAAUUCAUUCUUUUCUUCCCCAACAAACUGUUCGCAUUCUUCCUCUUUACCUCAUCAAGUUCAAAUUUUCAUUUCAAAUCAAAAGUGUAAGGGUAUUUUGGUCAUUUCGUAGUUAAUAGUCAUUAGUCAUUACCUUUUUUGACAGAAAACAAACUAGGUUGCAGCUUCAAAAUAUAUUGUUGCACUUGUGUGGUCAUUUGACCAAGAUUUGGAAACUCGGAUGCAUUUUCACUAGUUCUUCAGAUUUAUGUGUAUUUGUUAUUAUAUUGUUGUUUAUUAAUUUAGAAUCUUUAAUUGUCUGCUUA